GGGGUUCAUCCACAUGCUCAAAGUCGUCACCGAUCCUUUCCUUUAAUAUUAUUCCCUCGCCCGUUUCCCUUUUAGCUGGUCCAUUCUUCUCGGUCGCCAUCUCUUUCUCUAAUCUCCAACUCUUCGUCGAAAGAAUAACACCAACUCCACAUCAGAAAUCAAAUCUGAAAUCAUCUAAAUAAUUUGUGCGCCCGUCACAGACAUUGUUCGAUCUAUUGCCAUAGUCCAGUGGGCUGUCUCUCGGAUUUAAUUCUCCGCUUCGGCAGGUCUCAGUGUCUCUCAGUCACUCCCAGUUAGGGCUAUCGCUACGAUAAGAGGGUUGACACGACAACCUCAACUAUCCUUACUGCACAUUCCUUCGCUCACAACUACUUGACUCCCUCAUCCUGCUGGUCAGGAAUUCUGGUUUCUUGCUAUUCAUUCUCACUUCGCAUUAUUUCGAUCGACACUUUCGCCAUCGUCUUUGUUCUCAUCUUUUUCUUUUCCUCAUCGUCGACACUACUCACCCGUCCCGUCGCGACAAAGUAUACUAUACUACAACCAAGUAUAAUACAUUUGUCUCGCUGUGAGCCAACACAAGUUCAUUGUUCAAGUUCCCGAGACAUUGAUUAUAAUAUAUCAUCGGUGAACUGACAUUCUUGCAUCAACCAUCUUCAGCUGCAUCGACUGCAACGAGCUAGCCUCACAAAAACAAUACAGCACUUUAUAUCUAUAUGCUUCCAAUGAGUCCGACAAACACCAUGUCCACGCACUUCACCCUCAACCGUGCUGCUCUGGAUGAGUUUGUCACACAUCGAGUCUCUCGCGAGAUGGUGACGUACUUGGCCCAACAGGCAUCGCAGGUCAUCCGAUGUGAAGCCCAUGUGACCAACACGGUCAGCCAGCACGGCCAGCCCACGCCGCCCUCCACACCUCCCAUGGAAGCUGCCGACUCUCUGCCACCGCUCCCUUCCAUCGAAGCCUUCAUUGCAUCCCUCGUCGCCCGGUCGCAGGUUCAGGUGCCCACCCUGAUGAGCUCAUUGGUGUACCUGGGCCGUCUCCGAGCCCGUCUGCCACCUGUUGCCAAGGGCAUGCGAUGCACAGUCCACCGGAUCUUCCUCGCCUCGCUCAUCCUCGCCGCCAAGAACCUGAAUGACUCUAGCCCCAAGAACAAGCACUGGGCUCGGUACACCGCUGUGAAGGGAUUCGAAGGAUUUGGCUUCUCGCUGCCCGAGGUCAACUUGAUGGAACGUCAGCUGCUCUUCCUGUUGGAUUGGGAGACUCGUGUCACCGAGGAGGACCUUUUGACUUAUCUGGAGCCUUUCCUCGCUCCUAUCCGUCAUCGCAUGGAGCAGGAACAACGCAAGGCCGAGGAGGAGAGCCAGUGGAAGCAACAUCACCGGCGACGCAUCGGUACCCCCGCAGACCUGCUGGCCAGUCGCCUGCGGCGUCAGAAGCUGGCCCAGGAGGCCCGCAUUGACAGUCGCCGAAACGGUGAAGUUACGGGCCUGCGUCGGCUCCCUAGCCACGUCUCCUGCCCUACCAUCCACAACUCUCUCAGCUCUCCGCAAUCCCUCGCCGAGCUUGAGCGUUACACCCCUUACCACCGUCGCACAUCCCCCAUCCGACCUGGUCGAUCCAUCUCACCGCCUUCCAUCCGGGAUGUACCCGGUCUCUCCCACGCCGAGACGUUCAACUCGCUUUGCUCUCGCUCAUCUAGCGCGGCCCCUAGUUCCCGUGGUACCCCUGCCAGCAUCAGCACUUGCUCUUCUCAUGGAACCGAUGAUGUGAUGAUGGUUACGGAUACCAACACUAGUCCCUCAGUCUCAUCCUUGACAUACAGCUUUGUCAACGUCGAUUCAAAGCAGCAUUAUGAACCUGCUCGCCAGCCGAGUAAGAAGAUGAAAGUCUCCGGCCAUGGACACGGCGGUGGCUUCGUCGCGCGCUUCUUGGCAUCUGCCACUGGCUCCUAUAUGGGGAGCCGUAUCGGUCGGCCUCAUGCAUAAAUAAUCGAGCAGGUCUUGAUGCUGUCGUGACUGGUGUGCCGCCGAUUUAAUAUUCUCUUACUUCUUCACGCCAGUCGCUAUCAUCUGGUCAUUUCCCUCUUGUUCACCUUUCAUUUACCUCUCACUAUUUUGACACCUUGACAUGCCUUACUUUAUCAAUGCUUCUUGACAAAAAGCACUUCAUCGUUGAUACUCAUCUUUUGUGACAAUACCCUUCGUUCCUCGCCGAAGCUGCCCAUUUUCUUUUCAUACCCAUCUCAUGUCCUUUAUUUAGACAUGCUAUAUGUGCUCUCUACUUUCGUUCCAUCUCCUACACUCUUUCCUCAUUGCAUUUAACUCAUGGGCUGGCUCGGCAAUGGCGUUCUUGUUUUAUUUUUCCGUGGUUUUUGGUUACGGGGUCUGGGUCGGAUCUGGGGCAUCGGGUCUUAUGCUCUUUUGGUUCAUGCGAGCUCUGGACAUUAGGUUGGGAUGGGAUGCCUUUAGACAUGUUUGUCCUUACGGAUGUAUUUAUCCAAUAUUUCAUGGCCCCGGCGUUGGGGACGUAUAAUGAUACUCUAC